CCAGCAUGGAGGAUGAAGACGAUAACGACGACCAAGAAGAGGAUACUAUUCGACAAGAGAAAAGAGGUCAGGAAAGGUCUCAGAAGUAUGAUUCGGAGUGGUCGGAGAACGAAUGACCCCGGGGCUUGCGGACGCUGGAUGGUCACAUUAACACUAUGCGCAUCAUUCCUGGGUCUGGGAAUGUGCAUUUCGGUGCUUGGUCCGACCCUUGAGGACUUGGCCAUCAACGUCAAUAAGAACAUCAGUAACAUUUCUUACAUCUUUGUGGGUCGUUCAGCCGGAUACAUUGGAGGCUCCCUUGUUGGAGGGCCUCUCUUUGACUGCAUGAACCCAUACUUGCUUUUGGGGUUCUCUAUGUUGGGGACGGCAUUUGGGAUGAUUGCAAUCCCCUUUUGUAAGAAGGCGCUUUUCCUCACGGGCUUGAUGUCCUGCGUGGGUGUUUCCAUGGGCUUUUUAGACACAGGAGGCAAUGUGCUGAUCCUGAGCAUCUGGGGCAGCCAGGCGGGCCCCCACAUGCAGGCCCUCCACUUCAGCUUCGCCGCUGGGGCCUUCAUCUCGCCCAUCAUCGCCAAGCUGCUCUUCGGCAAGUACCAGGGCUCCAGCACGCUGCCAGGUGGUGGCGACAAUAUCACGGCGGAACUCUCCUCCUCCGCCGCCUCCUCCGCCUCCUCCGCCACCAUCAUCACCGACAAGGUGGCCGAGACCCUGGACUCCAUGCGUGACGAGGGUUUCCACUCUUUGUACGCCUACUUUGUCAUCGGCGCCUUACUGCUGCUCAUCUCUCUGGCCUUCGCCAUCCUCUACUCCUGCGGCACACCCACCCAACCCGAUCGCUCGCACCCCUCCCCCAGUGGCGAGCUGCUGGCCGCCAGGCACCACACGGCGCUGGUCUGCCUGCUGGCCGUCUUCUUCUUCUGGUACGUGGGCGCCGAGGUGACGUACGGCUCCUUCAUCUUCACCUACGCCAAGGAGUACGCCGGCAUGGCGCAGGCGCAGGCGGCCGGCCUCAACGCCCUCUUCUGGGGCACCUUCGCGGCCACGCGGGGCCUGGCCAUCUUCUUCGCCGCCUGCAUGCGGCCCGGCACCAUGAUCCUGCUCAGCCUGGUGGGCUGCACCUUCUCCUCGCUGCUGCUGGUGCUGUUUAGCCGCAGCGGGUCGGCACUCUGGAGUUGCACGGCGCUCUACGGGGCCUCCAUGGCCACCGUCUUCCCCAGCGGCCUCUCCUGGCUGGAGCAGUACACGCGGGUGACGGGCCGCUCGGCCGCCGUGUUUGUGGUGGGGGCGGCCCUGGGGGAGAUGGCGCUGCCCGCCGUGCUGGGCUUUCUCCUGGGCAAGCCCAACCUGCAGAAGUACCCACUGGUCAUGCUGCUGGAGCUGGUCUCUGCCACCAUUACCUCCAUCCUCUUCCCCGUCAUGUACAAGCUGGCUGCCGCACCGUGAGAAUGGCAUGUCCUUGGCUAAGAUGAGAAGUAUCGGCCUUAAUGUUGGAUGGAGGUAGAUCAGGCUUUCACCAGCACUUGCCUCACUUUAUUCAGAUUCUAUUUUCAAAGACUUUUAAUUUCCCUAAACGUCUUUUUUUUCCCUCGAUAAAGAAAUACUGCAUGCUUUUAAAAAAAAAAAAAUUGACUAUUGAAAGUGUAGCCAAAGAAAUAUACAAGAUGAAUAUGUACACCCAUCUCCAAAAGAGUUGUCGCCUCGCCUAUCCAUCUGUUUGGAAUAACAUCUAAUAACCUGACUUUCAAUUAAUCACUUGGCUUCAGAAGUCUCUCAUAUGAAAGCUACAACCCUCCCGAAUGAAAAUGUAUGUACAAAAAUAAAUUUCAUGCAUCAAAGAAAGAUUGACCCUUUAUUGAACACAGACAGGGCAGAUUUUCACAAGACAAAAGUUUUGUCGCCUAUCGAACAUAAUGUGAAAAUGAGCAGAUAAGUCACUUCAAAACACUUCAAAUACACAGAUCGGGUGUCAUACUUGAAUCACUGAAUCACUCU